UAUAACUCUGCACCUAACUGUAGCACCGUCGCUGUUGCUGAAUCGUUGCGGCAGUAAUAAACGGAGCUGUACAGCAGAGCAGACCUACAACAUCCGGGCAAUAGUCAGCUUGCGCAGAAACGGAAUGGCGGAGGUGGGUGAAAAGCCCCUGAAGAUAAGUGUGGAGGUUGUGGCCUAGUGGAGAGUGGGGGAGGUACAGUGAUGAAGGCCCUCAGCAGGAGAAGCAGAAGUCUUAACAGGCCUUAGAGGAGUUGGAGGAGAACUUUCGCCCCAUGAAGAUGGCAGCGCAGUCCCACACUGCCAGUGAGCUUCCUUUGGAGGAGCUGCUGGCUUUGUACGGCUACACAGUGUCCAAUCCAGAGAAGGAGACCUGUCAAGUGGCUGCCAGUCUGCCAGAUAUGACACUGGACAAGGAUCAGAUAACUGAGGAUCUCUUUCCUGGGGAGGAGGAAGCAGAAUCAUCAGCUGAUGAUCUCACCCCCUCAGUCACCUCAAACACCUCAGAUCUGCUCCGCCGCCUCCGAGGUGGAGACAAAGACACAUUAGUCAGCUCAUCAGAUGAGGACUCCAAUGCUUCUAUUCCCUCCAAUGAAGAGCACAAGGAGAUCAUGGUUGGCUCUAUGUACCAGGCAAAAAUCCCUCCAUUUGGUCCAUAUACCUACCAGGAGAGAGCCUACAGCAGUGAGGACCAGUUGCUGUGGAGGCCAGGUGUUCUGCCGGUGCAGGAAGUGGAAGAGUUCUUGCUGUAUGCACAGAGACCACGUAGCCACGAGGUGGCAGCGUGCACGCGAACACAAGGGGACACUGUCCGAGACAAUGAACAGAAGAGCUGUGUGCCUGGAGUGAGGAGGAGUGCAGGAACUUUGAGCACGGCUAUCGAGUUUACGGGAAAAACUUCCACCUCAUUCAGGCUAAUAAGGUACGAACGCGUUCAGUUGGGGAGUGUGUGGAGUAUUACUACAUGUGGAAGAAGUCUGAACGUCACGAGUACUUUACCCAGCAGGCCACCAGGCUCAGCCGCAAAAAGUACAGCUUGCAAUCAGGGAGCAUGGAGGAUGGAGACCAGGACGGGGAGGUUGGGGAGCUGGAGGGAAGCAACAAUUCUUCAGGCCUGUUGUCUCACAGCCCCAUGGGCACUGGGCAGCUGGAGUCCCCAUUACCUCCACAGUCGAGCCUGGACCUGGACAAACAAGGAGGAGGGCCGUCCCCGGCGCAGACGAACUCCCCGCUUUCUCUUAAAGCCAUAACCUCGGUCCAGGCAGGCCUCAGAAAGCAGGCUGGGCCUGCAGAUGGUGAGCUGGUGAUGGGGCUGUCAGACUUGUGUGGUGACGGAUGUCCGCAGCAGCUGUUUGGCUGUCCCUUCUCUCUCCCGCCCAUGGACGACCUGCAGGAACCUAGCUCAGGCAGUUGUUGUCCCUCAGCUCCAGUUCAGCUCCAGUCCCAGCCCUCCCCCCAGAGCUCCCAGUGGGCCGGCGGGAGCCCUUCGUCCUGCCAUGACGACCAUCGCCUCCAAGGCUCCUGCUUCUACCAGCUACACAUGCGUGGUGGACCUUUCGUUUCUGAGGGCCCUGACUGUGGUACAGCAGGCGGCGGGACUGGCUCCCCCCACGGGCUGCAGGUGGAAUUUAGUCUGUCUCCAUCUGCCUCACCUCCCUCAUCUGCUGUCCUCCCGUCACACUUCCAGACUUUUGGCAGCCUGCUACACCCCUCUCCCGUCCAGCAUCCCCGCUCCCUCACACAGUGAAGGGAAAAAAGAAACUGAGUGGUACUCUUCAUGGUUUGCCCUGUGUCAAGAUCUUUGAUCGGUGUUGGUAUUUACACAGGUCUCGAAGAAACCAGGACAAAAAGUGCAUUUACUUAACUUUGUGAAAACGUAUGGACCUACUACCUGUGUUUGGGCGAUUACUCGUCUGUCUGAACCCUCUUUUUAAACUGAGACACUUGAACCCUCUGUCCAUUGUGGAAUGAAGAGUGUUAAUCACUACUUUCAGGUGUUGAUUAUGUGUUUUAUUAACAAUUUCUUACCAUAAGCUGCGCACUGAUUGGCUAUAAUUGAUACAUACUUGUCAAAGCACAGUGCAGUUGAUGAGAGCUGCUGUGACCUAGCAAACAAACCAGUUGCGUGUGGCUAAAACAAAUCAGUGACUGCCAAUGUUAACCACUGUUGCUUUGUUUUUUAAUUAAUCAGUUUGACUGAAGCUCAGAUUUCUCCCACCUUUUUCCAGAAAGAGCCAAUUAUGUGUUUCUUUAUGUGUCUUUACAUAUUGCUCAACACUUUUGCCGCUGCAGCCACAGUGACACGGUUAAUAUAGAAUACAUUUAGACAUUAAGUCUGUGAUUGGCUCUCCCUUUUCAGUUCCUGUCAUGUUUUUCUCUACUUACUGCCUCCUCCACUCCUCCAGAAUUUUGUUUAUGUGAAGAGUUGAAACUAAAUAAGAUUUUCUAAGGUUGAGAUUCGCACAUGAUCGAAGGAAAAGCAGCGUAAUAUUUUUGCAAGUUUUAUUCUCAGUUGUGCUUUUGUGGAAGAUUUCCUCCUUGUUUUUUAUUUUGAAGAUUCACAUAGAGAUUUAUAAAGGUGCAGUGCUUAGUCUUCAUUUCUGAUCACAUUUUUCAUGUUUAAUAUUUGGUACCAUCAAGAGUCUGUUUGACAAGCAGAAUAUGCAUAAAAUAAAAUAUGUAAAUGUAAAUGUACAUGUGAACAUAGGUAAGUCACUGAACACAAACAGUUUCUCAGGUUUUGCACCUUUGAUGAUCUCCAAGCCCGUUAAUCAGUGAGAGUCAGUCAACAUUACUCUGAACAGGUGUCAUACAUACAGAUCAGAUAGAAGAGGGAGUGUUAUUAAAAGUUUUUUGAUUAAGAUGCAGCUCAUUGGUGUAAGAAUGGAAAAAACAUAUGAAGUGACAAAUAUCGGGGUCUAAAGAUCAUCCUAACAUGGAAUUUAACAGUUCUGGCACCUUCUCCUUGCCCUUUACAUCUGCGUAACGUCCAAUCAGUGAACAUGUGUGAACAAAGGUACAACAGUGAUAUUUUUAGUGUCAGAGUGCGAUUGGUCCUAACUGGGUUGUGGAUUAAACAAAUCUCUCUUUUUUUCCUCUGAAAUGUUUCCUUCCCUGAACUCUGCCAGACAUAAUGAAAUAUACUGAAAAAUGUCACAUAUGUAUAGUCAUUUACAUUUUCAAUAAUAAUAUAUUUUAUAGUGCAAAUCGUUUAUUAACAACUGCAGAACAGAUUCUCAACCUUUUCUGACCAGUUUCCCAAAAUUCUCAUGGCCCCGUCAAUCAGAGAUGUAAAACUGUCAUGAAUUUUGAGAAUAACAAACUUAGUGUACUUUUAUUAUCUUGUGUCUUUUCUGAAGCACAGAGGGAGCUUCACAUUAAUUAGUACAGAUACAAUUCUAUUGUUUACAUCUACACUUUCAUAUCUGAAAACAAUCUGCCAGUUCAAGGUUUAGAAAAUACAGAAAGUUACAGUAAAAAUGAUUUGAUUAUUUAACAUUAUGUAACACAAAAUAAAUGGGUGAGCUUUAAGAUCCCUCCUUUAAGGAACAAUUUAUUACAAUACAUUACAAUUUUAGUCAUUUCAUAAAAUCAUGUCAUUGUGUAUGCAUUCAUACAUAUGUGGUAUUUUCUUGUGAAUGUCGGCGUAUUUUGGUCACGCUGUCUGAAGACGUAGAAGAAAAGUUACAAGGAAGGAGAGGAGCCCCAUGUUCUUCCUUCCAUCUGUCUUUCUGUUUAUUCCUUGUUGUUCAUAAAUGUGGCUUCCUGUUAAAAGCCAAGCCGGUUUUAGAUCAAUGUUUGUUUUCUUUGUUUACAUGAGGGGGGUUCAGGAUGAGACCACGAAGGCAGGAAAAGGCGCAGUCACUGCCUUUUGUUAAUUCUUUAUUUUCACUUUUAUUUCUAGCAAUUUAUGUAUUGUACUGCUUCUGUUAUGUUCGUUUAUAAUUAUUAUAUUUUGUAAAAAAAAAAAAAAAAGAUUAAAAUGAACAUCGGUGAAAU